AUGGAUUGCCAAUACGGAGCGAAAAAAUCGGUUAUUACUGAUGGCAUCGUCGAUGAUAACUACGAUGAUGCUCAUAUUAUUCAAAAAAUUAGGAAAAGAAUAAACUCCGGAGAUAAAUUUUAUUCCUUAGAAUUUUUUCCGCCGCGAACGGAUAGCGGAGGCGUGAACCUUAUUGCCCGCUUUGAUAGGCUCGCUAUCGGCAAUCCACUAUUUAUUGAUGUUACUUGGCAUCCAAAAGGUAAUUCCGGUGGAGAUGAAGUUACUGCUUCGCUAACUAUAGCCAGUGCAGCGCUAAAUUUCUGUGGACUAGAUUCCAUGCUACACAUGACAUGUAUUAAUUCAACUACGGAGGAUAUCGAUAAAUACCUUCGUAAGGCUAAAAAGCAAGGAUUACGAAAUAUACUGGCAUUGAGAGGAGAUGUAUCCGAUUCUAUUGAUGAAUCGGUCAGGCAUACAAAGGAAUUAAAAUAUGCUUCUGAUCUGGUUAAGCAUAUUAGAAAAGAGUUUGGAAAUUACUUUGGGAUUGCAGUUGCUGGAUAUCCAGAUGGCCAUCCGGAAUGUUCCUCAUAUGAGGACGACAUUCGACGAUUAAAGGAAAAACUCGAUAAUGGUGGCGACUUCGUUGUCACCCAGUUAUUUUUUGAUGCCGAAACCUAUUUUAAAUUUCUUCGCGAUUGCCGAAAUGCUGGUAUCACUGCACCAAUUAUUCCUGGUAUUUUACCGAUACAGGGGUACAACUCACUUCGUCAUUUGGUACAGUUAUCGAAGCUACCAGUACCCCAACGAAUUCUCGACACUAUAGAAUCAAUCAAGGAUAAUGAUGAGGCUAUUCGCAAAUUUGGCAUUGUGGAAGCUACUAAUUUAUGUAAAAAACUACUAGCAUCUGAUGAUGUACCCGGAAUUCAUGUUUAUACCUUAAAUAGAGAGGAAGCUGUUGUGAAAUUGCUAAAGCGUGUUGGUCUAUGGCAUGAAGAAUCUAUCUAUAAAAGUCUUCCGUGGAGACCUUCGGCUAAUGGAAAGCGCAUUUCGGAAGACGUUAGACCGAUAUUCUGGGCAUCAAGGCCGAAAAGUUAUGUCCAUCGUACAAUGAUGUGGGAUGAAUAUCCCAAUGGUCGGUGGGGCAGUUCUGCAAGUCCGGCGUUUGGCGAAUUAAAGGAUUAUCACAUUUUCUAUUUAAAGAACACCUCUAAGAAAGAUGAAUUACUUAAAAUGUGGGGAGAAAAAUUAGAAUCUGUAGAAGAUGUCUACGAGAUUUUUACAUGCUUUGUUUCAGGAGAACGUAAUAAGUAUGGUUAUAAGGUAGACGCGCUCCCUUGGAGUAAUGAUGCAUUAGCUCUAGAGACCUUAUUUAUUAAGAAGAGUUUAGAAUACAUUAACAGUAAAGGAAUUUUGACUAUCAAUAGUCAGCCGAAUGUCAAUGCUCUACCUUCAACCCACGAAGUAUUCGGUUGGGGUGGCCCAAAUGGUUACGUUUAUCAAAAGGCGUACCUGGAAUUUUUUAUAUCUGCUGAAAGAUUUAAGACCCUUUUAGAAGUACUUCCUAACUUUCCGAUGAUAAACUAUCAUGCUCUAGACUUGAGUGAAUCAAUUAAUGUAUCGAAUUCCGAUCAUCAUCAACCUAUAGCAGUAACAUGGGGAGUAUUUCCUGGAAGGGAAAUCCUACAACCUACAGUAGUUGAUCCUACCAGUUUUAGUUAUUGGAAGGAUGAAGCGUUUGCGUUGUGGACUAAUCAGUGGGCCAACCUUUACCCGGAAGAGUCUAAAUCUCGUCAGGUUAUAACUGCUGCCGUACGUAAUUUCGUACUGGUAAAUAUGGUAGACAAUGACUUUAUUCAGGGUGGCAAUUUAUGGAAGGUGCUAGAUCAGCUAUUCUCUCUGGAGGCAGAUAAAGCUGUGUAUUAG